AAGAAUGCAGAGCUGCACGAGUCCCUGCUCAAGGUGGAGCGGGACAUCGCGAAGCUGGGAACGGAGAGCGUCAUCUCUGAGCUGAAGCUCCGGAGCUUGACGAACGCCCUCUUGGACCGCAGCGGGAAGAAGGACAUAAAAACAGAAGAACCGCACUCGAAGUCAUUGUCGAAGUCAUCCAAUGCACGCAGGGAGGAAGCGCGCCCCGGAAGGGUAAGAGAAGAUCCGCGUGCGGUCAUCAACGCACUCCUUGAAGACAAGAAGGAUUCGUUGGGGUUGCAGAAGAGAGUCAAAGACGUGGCUGCGCAGGUGUCCUUGCGCCCGCAGGACAUCACUGACAGCCUCCGAAACCUCUACAACAGGUUUGCCGCCACGUCUUGUCACGGUCUCGACGGGCCUCUCGUGCUCGUCAACCAGGCGCUGAUUCCGGAGGUCAACGUGCGGGCUGCCUUGUGUCUCUUCUUGGAUUGGGGGAAGGUGACAUAUGCCUAUAUUGAGGACGGGGUUGUGGUUAAGAGCCCGUACCGGUUGCCAAGCGACCCCUCCAUUGAGAUCGAAUUAGGGAUGUCGCUCCCGGCUAUCCAGGACCGGAUUGCGGGGCAUAAAAGCUUUUAA